AUAUAUUAUAAAUUAAAAGCUUCACCACUUAUUCUUCUUCUCCAUAAAAACAAACAAAACUAAACAAUAAUGAGUCCUCAAUUAUUUCUACUCCUCAAAAUCACAACCCUAUCAAUCCUUGUACAACCAACCCUAAUCUUAGCAAAUUGUACAUGUGAACCUCAAGACAACAAAUAUAAUCAUCAAACUAAACACAAAGCCGCCUUAUCCUACAAACUUAUAGCCAUAUCUUCAAUCCUUUGUUCAAGUGCACUUGGAGUCAUCCUCCCAAUCCUCUUAAAAAACUUCAAAUCAUUGCAAAAAAAUGACUAUUCAUCCCUUCAAUUCUUGAUAAAGGCGUUCGCGGCGGGAGUGAUCUUAGCCACGGGGUUUAUACACAUUCUUCCUGAUGCAUUUGAGAGCUUGACUAGUCCUUGUCUUAGUGAAAAUUUAUGGGGGAGUUUUCCAUUUGCUGGAUUUGUUGCAAUGAUGUCUGCUAUAUUUACUUUGAUGAUGGAGUCAUUUGCAACUGGUUAUCAUAGAAGAGCUGAAUUGAGAAAAGCUCAGCCAGUCAAUAUUGGAGAUGAUGAUGAACAAGGACAAGGACAAGAUGAGCAUAUUGCUCAUGGUCCACAAAUUUUGCUAGAAAGAUCUGAUUCUUCAAGUCUUAUGAGACAUAGGUUAAUAUCACAGGUUUUGGAAUUGGGAAUUUUGGUUCAUUCUGUGAUUAUUGGGAUUUCCCUUGGAACUACAGAAAAUCCCAAAACAAUUAAACCUCUAAUAAUAGCUUUGAGUUUUCAUCAAUUUUUUGAAGGCAUGGGACUUGGUGGCUGUAUUUCCCAGGCAAAGUAUAAGGCAAGAACAAUUAUAAUUAUGGUAUUAUUCUUUACUGUUACUACUCCAAGUGGAAUAGCUAUUGGAAUGAUGAUAUCAAAAGGUUACAAUGAGCAAAGCUCAACAGCACUAAUUGUACAAGGAGUUCUUAAUUCAGCAUCAGCUGGAAUUCUUAUUUACAUGGCACUUGUGGAUCUUCUUGCAACUGAUUUUAUGGACCCUAAAUUAUACACUAGUUUCAAACUCCAAAUAAGUGCAAAUGUAUCACUUGUCUUGGGAGCUGCUUGUAUGUCAUUAUUGGCAAAAUGGGGUGGCACAUAAUUUCAAUAGAUAAAUUAUGUAUAUAGGAGUAAUUUUUAUUGGAAGAAGAAUAUACUAGUCGUUUGUCGUUAAUUAUGAUAUGAUUCAUUAGCUAACGGAAAGAGUUGGUUGAAUCUUAAA